AUGUUCACCACCAGCCCUCGGAGUGAUAACUUAAUUUUGGUUCGUCCGAAGGGCGCUUCGUUGGAAAAGGAAUUCUACCAGCAGCGACGGACUGUGAAAUUCGACCAGGAGGGUAGCUUUCUGGCCGUGGUGCGACCCGUUAUCAUCCUGGGUCAGGUUUUUGGCAUUUUCCCGGUCGUGGGUUACGGGGCGGCGCAAGCGGACCGGAUCCGUUUCGAGGUGUGCUCGCUGCGGAUGUUUUACUCGGUGCUGCUGCAGCUGGGAGGGGCGACCAUGUCCGGCUUUUCGCUCGCAACGUUCUGGACGACCGGGGUGGAGUUUUCGAAAAUUUGUAGGUAUUUUGUGUAAACUUUACAUUCAUUGUUCAGCAACAAAUAAUUUAAAUUUUAAUUUGACUAGAAUUAAUGCUUUUAAUUCAGAGCAAAUGUGAUGUUCUGUAAUUUAUUAGGUAUUUCUCUUAGCUUCAAG